AUGGAUGCUUUCACGGGAAAAUACACCGAUAACAAAGAGGAAGCCUACCACUGUGUCGUUUGCGGUGCCCCUCUUUUCACGUCUGAUAAGAAGUUUGACUCUGGAUCAGGAUGGCCGUCCUUUUUUGAUUUGAUCAAUAAGGAUUCCGUAACACUAACUGAUGACUUUUCAUACGGGAUGCACAGAGUGGAGGCAACAUGCAGUCAGUGUGGUGCUCACCUGGGCCACCUUUUUGAUGAUGGACCUCGACCAACAAAGAAACGCUACUGCAUAAACUCCUCUUCUCUCAAUUUCAAAGCGAAAAAUGGUGUCUCUGAGGAGGUGGAAGCAUCUGGAGGAGCUGGUCAAUCACCACCUUCCAGUAAGAAUGAAGAACUUUAUAGGACUUGA